GUCGUCAGUAUUCAUAUCCAAUCCUACAAUUCGCCGUACACGAUUGCUCAAGCAACUAUGGAGUCAGUGAGGAAAACGUUUUUCGACCCUCUGGCUACAUCCAAAGCUCAGAUUCGAGAUAUUCUAGCAGAACUUCCUAUCGGCUCUGCGCACCCUUUCAGCCCUGAGCGCGUUCUUCUAUGUCGGACAGACAGUGGAAUCGAUGAAAUUGACAUCUCUUCCUAUCCGGAAGACUUCUUUUUCAAUGCCGUGGAUUUGGGUGAGAUGGGCGAGAUCCUUUUAAGGCGAAUGGCUGGCUUCCAGUCUCAUCUGAGAGUAUUUGAAGACUUCCAAAUCCAGCAAGCUCCAGCUUCAACAUUUAAGAUACCAAUAGUGUCAGGCCAAAUUACCAUCUUGGCAGUCUCUGAAAGAACACCCACUUACUAUGACUUCUGCUUCGCCGACGCAUCAUGUAACGCGUGUUGUUGGCUUGCGAGAAAUACGUUUGCUGGCAUAACCCAUAGUGGCGAUAUCCUCAAUGGCCAAGAUCUCUUAGAUUUUGUCACCAUCCACAAGGACUCUCUCACAGAGAAAGAAAUCUGCGUUUUCAUAUCCGGUUACCAGUCCACACAAAUCACAAGGUUUCUAGGAACAAAUCCUGCGCUGCUUGUUGCUAAUCAUGUGGACAAGGUUCUUUAUAUUAUCCCUGUGCCUUUGGAUGCAGCCACAAUUGGAGACGCCACCAUCUGUUGCCCAUUGGUAGUCAAGCGAGAUGGGGACUCGCUGGUCUGUUCAAUACUGCCAACUGCAACCACAGAUCGAGGAAUGAUGUGCCACAGCAGCAAGUUAAUAAGCCCUGCCUUUCCAGAGGCUAUUAAGCGAGCGGACUUUACAAUCUCUGUGCCCGAGCCAACUGUUACACGAGCCCCAAAGAACUAUUCUGAUAAAGAAGACUCGAGUUUGAAGUCAGAAACAUUGCUCAAGAUCACUGGCAAAGAAAAUGCUGUUAUCAGCACAAAUUCUGCCACUUUUCCCUCAUUCCUUUCUUUUGAAAACACGCAGAUAAUACGAUUCGGCACUGGUAUUGAGUUUGAGAUGAAAAAAGGGGGACCCACUGAAGCGCAGCAAUCUGCUGUUGUUUUGCCCUGUAUUUUUGGUUCCCAGCUUCAAGGCCCGGUUCUGCUGGCUACAGGAACGACUCCCUUGAAUAUUCCAUUUCUUGAUGAAGUUGCUCUUCGGGGAUACUAUGAACAGCUGAAGGACAUUGUGGUAAUUGUUGACGACCGAAUGACCGAUAAUGCCCGUAACCUCGCAACUGCCUACAGAAUUAAUGCACUCUUUAUCUUGCAAUUGAACCCAGAAAACGAGCCGAAGAGUACCGAAGAUGUCCUAUCGUUGUUGAAUUCAGCCAACAUCAAUGCGGUGACAGCACUCGCAGGACCGCAAUCCUUGGUUUUGAUCCAAAUAUUUGACAAGUAUUAUUUCUAUAGAGGCCUUGCUAAUCGGGCGCACCUCAACACGUUCGGACUAGCUUUUGGUUCGGAUGUAACAUCUAUAAUCGAGUCCGUGAGCACAAAAUCACUGAUAGAUCCAAGAGUAAAGCGGAUAGUUAAUCUUGACGAUUCGAAUACUAUCAUUCUCCCAAUUUCAGGAGAGUUUCUCCGACCACAAGAUCUUCAGAGGGUUUUCGAAGAGCUUCCAGUUGAAAAGGUGCAAAACAUGGAAGAAGACAUAGCUGCAGCAGUUCCACAGCUACAGCUACUUUUAAACCAGACAGACCUGCAGGAACUCUCCAAAGCCUUGGUGUCUGCUCUCUCCGCAAAGGUAAGCAACGUGACGGCUCCAUUGCGGGACGCCUACGUCACAUUCCUGGCCCGAGAAUACAAAGCAGAAGACCCAGAAUCGGUGAAAAUAAAGAAUCAAUUGCUUGGAAAUUUGAGAAAGACUACAAAGGAGCUACAAAAGGCUCUUGAGCCAGCUAUUUCAAACCUGGCCAACAUGAUGUCUUCGCAGACGACUUCGAAGCGAACACACGAUCUGAAGCGACUUGUUCGCCAAGCUCAGAUCCAGGGAAACAUCGAGGCCGUCAAGACCAUGACCUUCGACACUCUGGCAGGAUACCUUGAAACAUAUGCAGCGGAUAUGGGUGUUAUGCUAUUGAAUAUUGAAACCGUACCAUAUCGGCAGCUCUUGGGGAACUUGAAAAAUGCCGCUAUUGAUGUCAGGGCAUGCUGUGAGCUUGACUCGAGAGUUUUGUAUCUCGAGGGAUUUGAUGCUGGGAUAAUCAUAGAGCAGUCACAAAACAACCAUGAUGGCCCACUCAGAAGCCAGGCUGGACCAUCCCAGCCAAUUUUGGCUGUACCAUACCUGAACCAAGGAAAGGGGAACGGAUCAAUGCUAGCUUGGGUCUGCUGGGAUGAAUUUGUCAACCUUGAAAGCCCUUACACCGUGAGAUGGAUGGAGAAGUGCAAUGAAGCACACAUCGCUGCGCUGAGAAUCAUGAUGAGAAGCACUCUUAGUCAAGCAGUGGCAUCCAGAGAGCAUGAUAUUCAGCCUGGCAGCCCAGAAACUGGUCACCUGAUGAGCGCAUUGUUGAUGGCGGCUAUGUCGAAACUCGCGGCGAUGAGGACAACGGCGCCGGUUGUGUCAGACAAGGCCGAAGAUACUGUCACAAGAUUAAUGCGAGGACUGUUUGGCAAUUUGUUGACAAUAGCUGGGUCAGGGGUGCGUCCUCUGAGCAUGGUCUGGCAGUUAUUUGGUCUGAAUCCACAAUAUGAUAUCCCAACAAACCAUGUCGAUUGGAUUUGGUAUGAGACAGUUGUCGCUUUAUAUCCCUAUACAGGCUGGCCUCUCAAGCAAUUCUACGGGAACCUAGAGAAGCUCCUUGAUAAAGCGAUAAUUCGUGUAGUUACUAAGAACGAAAACGUGGCUCAGAUCAAGGAAAGCCGGACAGCUGAAAUGAUCAAAUAUUGCAAGUUACGAAACAUAGAGCUCGAUCAUUCUCGCACUAUUAUUACCAUUUUUAUGCGAAUGCUUACAACGGAAAAUGUUGACCUCGCGGCCGUUGCAGCACGUCUAUUAGAGCAGCUUCCACGAAAGUUGGAGAGACAGACUAAAAGCUACACAAGGAUGAUUAAUUAUCUUGAACAUCUCGCUAAAGGAGGUCAACAGCGUGUCACCGACGACCUCAUUGCCGCCAGUGUAUACACCAAGCGCUCAGCUGCCUUUAGUGAGCUCAAGAAUAAAGUGUCAGAAAUGUGUAUAACCAAUGACUGGGUUGGGGCGAAGGAGUCCUGUCAAGCAUUGAUAGACAAACAUGCCCAAGUUGCAGCUUUUUGGCACGUUCCUCCUGGAUCAUUGAGUAUUCAAAAUAUGAAGGCGUACAGAGAUGUUUUGGAUGCGGAUUUUGGAGACGACAUUGACCAAGAGACUGCGAUGAAGAACCACCAGCUAACUAGACAGGUUCUCGGCGAUGCAGAGAGAAAUCGUGUUCCUUGGCAAGUUGGAAAGGCAGGUCAAUUCGGUGACGACAUUGAGCCUCUCGAUGAGGCUUUCCUUCACGAAGUUCUUACUGGGGAAAGGACGGAGUCUGUCGCAGUUAUUGAUUCAGAUACCAAAUCAAUAACAAUGAAGACAUCUGUAAUCGCACAGAGCAUGAAUGACGAAUUCUCCGAAUUUGGAUCGUCGCUGCAGGCUCGUUUCAUUUCUACAAUGCAGAGAGACCUGUCGGCUGAAGAUGUCUGCGACAUUGUCAAGGUUCCUGUAUCCGCAAUGCGUGUUUUCAUCAAGGCUCUUAAGCCAGAGUUUGUAUGGGAAGAUUUGGGGCAGAAUUUCAAGGUGGUAAUCCUUGGGUUGUUGAAAGAGCGUUCAAAUCGAGCAGAAAGCCGUCCAGUCAAGAAAUUACUGGAUAUGGAGAUUGAGGGUAAGAUAUUGCAGAUAGAGGGUUGACUGGAAGAAUUGAGUUAAAUCGGACCGAAGACAUUUGAGUGGCGUGAUGGUCGGAUCUGGGAAGUGAAAGGAAACGUUAGCCUACAUUGAUAUGUAAGGGCUCGACCAGCAAAAGAAAGUGUAUAAAGAAGCUUUAUUGCUAUUGAGAAACAUACCCGAUAGGUUAAUUUGACCAGGCUGCGACAGGACUUUCCAGCAAAGUUUAUACAUUUUAUACUGGCACUCUAUUCAACGGCUGUGAUUUGAUUGUUUAUAUAAUAUCAAUCGAUAAUGUAACUCUUUAUACAGAAGCCUAGUAUGAUAUUCAGCUCCAUAUAGAUUCAUAUAUUUUUUAUUAUGUA